AUGGACUCCUCUCCGGUCACCUCCAGCUCUGCGGCAGGCCCCGUCACCUUCUCGCAAGUUUUCGGGCAGCAGUGCCAGCUGAUGGAAGCAGCCGUGGAGUCGCUGCAUUCCUUGAACGACCAGAUCUCCCAUUUUAUCGUCAGCAAGUCAAAAACACUGGAUGAAGACGAAGAUGCCUUUUUGCCUAGCGAAAAGGAAUCUCUGAGAAAUGCCAUGAUGCUGAUGAGGCACCUCCUAAUGGAUGCACAGGAGGAGGAGAUAAAACGCAGAACCCACAAGCUUCAUCAAGGACCGCGUUGUGUUUAA